AUGGCCGUAUCUCUAUUCGCGACCCUAGCCGAAGCCAAAUACCCAUUUUCCUCAGAAGGACCUAAGGCGACGCUCCGCAACGAAAACACAGUCUCGUUCGACCCGCUCGGUGUCGCAGCAGUCCUUCACAACCCGCGCGCCGCUGCAAGCGCCGCAAAGCUCUACGUCCAGUUCGACAAUGACACGUUCCACUGGCCGCACAUGUCCAUGGUCGGGGGCACGCUCCCCGCGAUCCAGAUGCUCGUUGAAUACGUGACCUCGGGGCUUCCGUCCAAGUCGCUGGAGGCGCCGAUUAAGAUGUGCGCAAAGUAUAUCAGUAUGAUUCCCGUGCGCUCGGAUUUCGUGUUCCGCGAACUGCCGCUAGAUUUCAGUAACGGGUGGCUGGGCGGGCUGAUUUCGUUUCGCGGUGGGGAGCUGAACCCCGGGAACGACUUUAUGGUUGUUUACAUCGGCGAUGAGGAAGUUGCUGGUGGCGAUGGCAUGGCGAAGGCUAGACGCAAGCGCUUGGCAGCUGACCCUGGUCUGGGCUGGUGGAUGGCCGCUCGGUUGACGCUGUAUAUUCUGAUUUUGAUCAACGGGGCCAUGAUCCUUGCUGCCAUGUUGAUCGGGAUCUUGGCUGCGGAUAUCUGGGCCUUUACGCUGUUCUUCCUAUAUGGGAGUCACUGGAUUGCCUCGGCGCUCAUCACAUUCCUGCCUAUGGUGCAUGUUUCAACGCCGCCGAUCGACCAAGAGACGAGUCCACGGUAUGCCGCGUACGAGCGUCCUGAAGGAGGCACGGUAAUCUUCAAAGGGCCCAAGAAGAACAUGGAAGCGUGGGCGCGAACGACCUGGAAAUACGAGCCCUCGGCGCUGCAGUCAUUCUUGCACUGGUGCUUUAUGAUAACCGGUGCUCUGGCAGCAUUCUCCUCCGUUGCGUGUAUGGUCAAUAUGCAUGGAUACUUGCAGCUGGCGUUCCUGGCUGUGUUGGUGUAUGCAACUGUGGCUGAAAUCAUCGCGACGAAAAUAUCGCGGUGGCUUCAGACCAAAGCCAAAGGCGGUGUUCCGCACGCCUUGCUCACGGAUCGGGAGAAACGAACGGAGAGUAUAAUAGACGCCACGAUUGCGAUUCAGCCGGCUUGUCGACUGGAGGGGUUUGAUUGGUUAGGCAUGGGGCUGUUGCCGAAUAUGCCGGCCUUUAGGGCGAUGCAGCCGGCCCUGGCCGAGAUAAAUGCAUUCCAGCGGAAGGUUGAGAAGGACGGUCAUGGACCGCUGGAGAGCGGUGACUUGAGGACGCAGAUGGAGAUAUAUUAUGCUGGAUACCGGAAAAGGGCAAGUGAGAUGGCCGAGGAGGGGAAAGAGAGUGAAGAGGCAAAGUUGGCUGCGAGGAGGGCGACAGAUGGGCUGGCUGGUAGGCUGGUUGAGCAAAUGCGGAGUGCUGGGGAUGAGUGGAUCGCAAGCAUGACCAGUGAGAGCAAGAACAUUCCAAAGGGGGAAUAA